UACGUAUCUGCUGUGAGUAUGCUGCAAGUAAGGGUUUGUUCAGCAGGGAGUUGAAGGCAAAUAUCUUGAGAGGGAGUUGGAGGGAGUCAUGUUUGUUAAAUCACAUGUUUCUCUUUAAAAUCUUGGCGUGGAAGUCAACAGAGCGAUCAGCAUGGCAACAUCGUUCCCGGGAAUUAAUCCUUAAGGUUGUUUAUCGGUUUUUUUACUGUACACAAGGAGGGGAAAAAACAAAAAGAGGGAACAAAAAUCUACUAAUAUCAAAAGACAAGACGUAAUGCUUUAAACUUCUCAUUGAAAGGAAAAAAGUGCCGGUGACCAUAAUAAAGAGUUUCUGGAAGUUAAAGGCGUGAAAAAACGGAAGGAAUCCUGCUGGACUUUCACCAGGAAGCUGGGCUCUUGGUCCUGUGGAUGAUUAGGAAGCCUGGAUGUUGAUGGGUUCCCCCUUCUGGUGGCUGACAGCCAUUCACAUGCUGACUUUCCAACAUGGAUCACGCUUGAUUACAGGUCAAUUUAUUAGCUCUCCUCCUAAUAGUUCCGUCAUUGGAGUCAUUGGAAGAGUGGUCGUUCUGCCCUGCCGCGUAGCCAAUAACAUUCCCGAAGCGUUCUUUGUCCGGUGGAUAUUUCACGAACGGGCUCAAAAAAGAACCGUGAGCAGAUACGACGGGAAGAAUGAAAAGGAGAAGCCAGAUGAGAGCUACCAAGGCAGAGCCGAAUUCUUCCCCAGGGAAUUUAGAGCUGGCAACAUGUCUCUGCGCUUGAGGGAUGUCAGGAGCUCUGACAAAGGAUUGUACACCUGCGAGGUCUCCUUCAAUGACACGUACCACGAUGUGUUCGUCGAACUGCAAGUGGCAGCUACAGGUGGUGUGCCUUCCAUUCUCCUGAGGAGUCAUGUGAAGCAGGGCAUUGGCCUCACCUGCUGUGUGGCUGGAUGGUUUCCUAAACCCAAGGUGGUUUGGCUGGAUGGCCAAGGACAGAUCCGGGAGGAACUAUCGACCACAAAGACAACAACGACGUCUGCAGGGCUGUACAACGUUGUAACUUCCAUGACCCUAAAGCCAGGCUCUGACAUGGAAGUCUCCUGUAGGGUGGUCAACGAUCUACUAAACACAACGAGUGAGUCCCGAGUCCUGAUCUCAGGUAUUUUCUUCCCCUCCAUUUCGAAAUGGCUGAUUAUCUUCCUGGUCAUUUUAUGCCUCAACAUGGUCCUGAUUUCCACUGUAUUUUUUAAGCUGAGAAGUAAGCACAAGAAAACAGAUCGAUCAGAAAAACAUCGACUGCGGUCAUUGUUAGCAGAUGGAGAAAAAAACAAAAGGCGAGCAGCAAAGUCCAACCUCAAGAAACGCUUUGGUCAACUGAAAGCGGAGCUGGGAUUUUGGGAAGCCCGGAGCCACGCAGUUCCCGUGAGGCCGGAUCCCGACGGCCGAGUCCUGGAGCUGCGGGUGCCGGCGGCCCCGGGCGCGGAGAGCGAAGCGUCGGACCCCGCCGGCACCUGCGCCGGCUCCACAGUCCCCGUGCUGGUGGGGAAGGAAGGGUUUGCAGCCGGGAAGCACUACUGGGAGGUGGCGGUGGGCGAUGGGCAGGACUGGGUGCUGGGGGUGCUGGGGGACGCGGGGGGGCAGGGGGAGGAGGGGGCGCCCUGCGGGGAGGGGGAGGGCUGCUGGGCGCUGCACAGCUCCCGGGGGCAGGUUUACUCCAGCGGCGGAGGCAGCGGCAGCGAGAGGCUGCAGCGGGGGGCUGCGGUGGUCGGGGUGCUCCUGGACCUGGAGGGAGGGCAGGUGAACUUCUACGACGUGGAGCAGAUGGCCGUCAUGGUGCCAGCGCCCCUGCGGCUCGGGAAGGGACGCGCGGGACGGUUCUACCCGUUCCUGUCCCGACGGGAAGGGACGGACACACCGCGCAUCCUCCCGGUCUCCACCCCUCCCCCGCUGAAGCUGCUUUAAAGACACCCACGGGCUGAGGGAGAGACCCUGCCCUGGGAAGAGGAAGGGGAACGGCAGAUCCGAGACGUCGGUGAUGUACAGCGGAAGGAGGCGACGCCAGAGGCUGCAACAGGGGGAACGAACUGGGAAAGGAAAAACCAACCGGCCGAAAGGAGACCGGACUCGGAUUCAGCCACCGCCAGGCAGGAUCCCAGUCCCAGCAGAGCUCGUGGAAGCCUGACCAGGACACCGGCGCGUUCGGUUGCUCCGGGA